UUAACAGAAAGUCGGUCAGGAUUUGCAGUGCUAGGCCUUGACAUUUAUUGUUUAUAUUUUGAUUUACUACGAUACAUGCAAGAUUUCUAAUAUUUUACAAGUAUAUUUCGACAUUUUAGAUUCAUCAUACAUCUGUUAUUCUUUGGACAGGACCAGAAGAUUUGAAUUUACAGGAAGCAAAAAUCCAUUGACACGUUCGUCGUUCAUGAUUGCUUUUGUUGUGUAACACUAGAUUUGUUUGGAGGUUGCAGGGACUCGUAAAUGUUAGAAUUGAAACCUCUAUCAUCAUUUUGUAUAUUGAAUUAUGUCGCUAGCGUUAAGAUGUGGAGUCAGAAUUAGCAUUCGAAGUCUAUCCGGGAAAUCGCGCAGAUCACUGGCCACUGCUGCAGGUGGAGUUAGACAUCAGAACAAAAAGAAGGUUCUUGGUCAACUUGAGCUGUGUCACAAACAUAGACCUUUUCAUGUGACCUCAUCUCUGCAGUCCAAGGGAGGAAAGGAGACUGGAAAUGGAGGAGAGACAGAGGGACCAGGUGAAGGGGGUGGUAGUUUUGGGGGAGAAGAACGUCGGGUCAGGCCUUGUUCAAACUGUGGAGGUGCACUCAACAUUGACUCCAGUGUGAUGAUCAAUGGAUUUGUAAAGUGUGACAACUGUAAACAGAUGAUCAUGGUAUCUGAGGAGCAAGUUGACCAAGAGUUUAUUAGCACAGAAGAAGAGGACAAGAGCAGUAUACCCACCCCUAAAGAGAUUCAUAGAUUUCUGGAUGAGCAUGUAAUUGGUCAGGAACUGGCAAAGAAAAGUCUAUCUGUAGCUUCCUAUAACCAUUAUAAGAGAGUCCGGUGGUGUAAAACUAGCAGCCAGACAUCUCAACCAAAACCCAAACUCGGUGAAAAUCUUUUUGCAGAGUCCUUGGAGGCAGCCAUCAGGGGGCAUUCCUCCAGUGCCCUGGGGUUCAACUCUCACCAAGAAGAGGAGAGUGACCCCCCAAUGUUAUCCUCAGAGACUGACUCCAAACCAAUUGCAUUACAGAAAAGUAAUGUUUUAAUGCUAGGACCCACUGGCUCAGGGAAAACAUUAUUGGUGAAAAAGUUAGCUGAGUGUCUGGAUGUUCCGUUUGCGAUGUGUGACUGUACGUCUAUUACUGCUGCUGGUUACGUCGGAGAAGAUGUUGAGUCUGUCAUCUACAGGCUAUUGGAGAAUGCAGACUUUGAUGUUGAAAAAUGUCAACAAGGUAUUGUAUAUCUUGAUGAGGUGGACAAGAUUCGAAGCAUUGUACCUGGAAAUUCCUCCAGAGGCAUUAACUCCUCCCGAGAUGUAGGCGGGGAGGGUGUACAGCAAGCUUUCCUCAAACUCCUAGAAUCUAAUGUCGUCAGUGUGACUGAUAAAAUGGGGAAGAGAAAUGCACAUGAGACCACCUACCAAGUGGACACCACUAACAUUCUAUUUAUAGCUUCAGGGGCAUUUACUGGUAUUUCAGACAUAAUACAUGGCAGAACCAAUCAAAAGAGUUUUGGCUUUGGUAAUCGAGAUGAUAAAUCUAUUCUUAUGGAAGAGGAGGAAAGAAAACUAUCAGACAUAGAACAGUUAAACCUAAAAUAUGAUAGGCUUCUAAGUGAAGUAGAAACAAUGGAUGUGGUUAAGUUUGGACUGAUUCCUGAAUUUGUGGGCCGGUUCCACAUAGUGGUAUCCCUACACAGUCUCAAUGAGGACCACUUAGUGAAAAUCUUAACAGAAACUAAGAACUCUCUUAUAGCACAGAAGGAAUUCUUGUUGUCCUAUGAUGAGUGCCAGCUGAUUUUUACUGACAGUGCUUUAAGAGCCAUAGCACAAAAAGCCAUCAAGAAGAAAACAGGAGCCAGAGGAAUUCAUCACAUACUGGAGGAGGUGUUGUUGACGCCUAUGUAUGAAGUACCCAGUAUGCCUGACGUGGAGAAGGUCAUCAUUACGGCAGACACUGUCAACAAAAAGGAACCACCCACCUAUAUACGCCGGGAGAAGAUAGAGGAAGCCAUUCAGAGGCCAAUCCAGGCCACUGGACUAGCAUGAUGAUGUCCUGUACUGUUGUUGUUUAUUUAUUGGUACAGAUCCAGUGAGAGAGGGAUAUUUAACAUGACUUGAGAGGAAAAAUGAUUGUGCAAAGAGGUUUUAGUAAGAUUUUUUGUGACGAUUGAUGCAAGCAAAAGCAGAUAUAUGAAAAGACAGUGUGCAAGGGAAAUGGAAAUAAAAUCUUUUUAAAUGACUGUAUGCUAUUUGUCAUUACGGAUUAUGUUAGCAUACACACAUACCUAUGAAGUUUAAUGUAUUAAGCUACUGGGUUUACAAAAACACCAGUGUUUGGCACAAUUUAUUUUAAUUUUCAAAUUCACUUUGUGGUAAUUAACGUAAUUCUCAAAUUACUAUUACAUGGACAAAAGUUAUCCUUAGCAAUUUUUUUUGUUUUGUUUUUAUGUUAUUGUUUUAAUGAAAAAUACUGUGAAAAUGAUAUUGUAUAUUUCUGAUAAUGUAUAAAUUUGCACUUUCAUGAAGC